UAUGAGGAGGCCCGGAGAGCGUUGGGGGCAGAUUUGCACUCAGAGCCACCUGAGGGGUUGGGUGCAAGCGCUCCCCUGUGUUCUCUCCCGUGGCGGAGACACGUUUGUCGUCUGGGCGAAGGGACCUGUGUGGAGGGUGGGUUGUCGGGAGGACAGUUCUCUACCUGCGCCUGAGGCGGUGUGGAGAGGCAGGGCUGGGGGUGGGGCCGGGUCGUCAGGGCGUCUGAGAGGGAAGGCCCCCCGGCCCCCUACCUUUUACCCUGGCUGAGUGGACACUAAGAUGGCUGCCGUUGCCAUGGCACCCAACCCCGUGCAGACCCUGCAGGAGGAGGCGGUGUGCGCCAUCUGCCUGGAUUACUUCACGGACCCCGUGUCCAUCGGCUGCGGGCACAACUUCUGCCGCGUGUGUGUGACCCAGCUGUGGGGAGGGGAGGAUGAGGAGGACCGGGACGAGUUAGACCGGGAGGAGGAGGAGGAGAACGGAGGGGACGAGGAGGAAGUGGAGGCUGUGGGGGCCGGCGGGGGCUGGGACACCCCCAUGAGGGAUGAUGACUACGAGGGCGACUUGGAGGAGGAGGUCGAGGAGGAGGAGGAAGGAGUGUUCUGGACCGGGGGCCUGGGCGGGUCCGACUGGGACAACAUGGACUACGUGUGGGAGGAGGAGGAGGAGGAGGUCCUGGACUACUACUUGGACAUGGAGGAGGACCUGGGGGUGGAGGACGAGGAGGACGAGGAGGAGGUGCUGGAGGAGGAAGAGGAGCUGGACCCCGUCACGUCGCUGCCCCCGGCGCCCCCGCGGCGCUGCUUCACCUGCCCCCAGUGCCGGAAGAGCUUCCCGCGGAGGAGCUUCCGCCCCAACCUGCAGCUGGCCAACAUGGUCCAGGUGAUCCGCCAGAUGCACCCCGCGCCGGGCCGCGGCGGCCGCGGGGGCGAGCAGGGCGUCUGCCCCAAGCACCAGGAGGCCCUGAAGCUCUUCUGCGAGGUGGACGAGGAGGCCAUCUGCGUGGUGUGCCGGGAGUCCAGGAGCCACAAGCAGCACAGCGUGGUGCCGCUGGAGGAGGUGGUGCAGGAGUACAAGGCCAAACUGCAGGGGCAUGUGGAACCUCUAAGGAAGCACCUGGAGGCUGUGCAGAAGAUGAAAGCCAAGGAGGAGAGGCGGGUGACAGAGCUGAAGAGCCAGAUGAAGUCAGAGCUGGCAGCUGUGGCCUCAGAGUUUGGACGGCUGACAAGGUUUCUGGCUGAAGAGCAGGCCGGGCUGGAGCGGCGCCUUCGAGAGAUGCACGAAGCCCAGCUGGGCCGGGCGGGAGCAGCGGCCAGCCUCCUGGCUGAGCAGGCCGCCCAGCUGAGCCGCCUGCUGAACGAAGCCCAGGAGCGGAGCCAGCAGGGGGGCCUGCGGCUGCUCAAGGACAUCAAGGAGACUUUCAAUAGGUGUGAAGAGAUACAGCUGCAGCCCCCAGAGAUCUGGUCCCCUGACCCGUGUCAACCCCAUAGCCAUGACUUCCUGACAGACGCCAUCGUGAGGAAAAUGAGCCGGAUGUUCUGUCAGGCUGCUCGAGUGGACCUGACACUGGACCCUGACACGGCUCACCCGGCCCUGAUGCUGUCUCCUGAUCGCCGGGGGGUCCGCCUGGCAGAACGGCGGCAGGAGGUUCCUGACCAUUCCAAGUGCUUCUCGGCCGACUGCUGCGUACUGGGGGCCCAGGGCUUCCGCUCUGGCCGGCACUACUGGGAGGUAGAGGUGGGCGGGCGGCGGGGCUGGGCCGUGGGUGCCGCCCGAGAAUCAAGUCGUCAUAGGGAGAAGGUGGGCUCCGGGGGUUCCUCUGUGGGCAUCGGGGAUGCCAGUUCUUCGUCACGCCAUCACCACCGCCGCCGCCGCCUCCACCUACCCCCGCAGCCCCUGCUCCAGAGGGAAGUGUGGUGUGUGGGCACCAACGGCAAACGCUACCAGGCACAGAGCUCGACGGAGCAGACCCUGCUGAGCCCGAGUGAGAGACCCCGGCGCUUCGGCGUGUACCUGGACUACGAGGCUGGGCGCCUGGGCUUCUACAACGCAGAGACUCUGGCCCACGUGCACACCUUCUCGGCGGCCUUUCUGGGCGAGCGUGUCUUCCCUUUCUUCCGGGUGUUCUCCAAGGGUACCCGCAUCAAGCUGUGCCCUUGAUCAGCCUACCACCCGCUGGGGCCCCUCUGGUCAGCACUGGCGGGGCGGGUGGUGGUGGAGGGUGGCCCAAGUUUUGGGGCUAAAGGCUCCCAAAAUUUCCUGCAUUGUUUCCUGCUCUUCCUUGACCCCGAUUUUCCCUGUAGGAGCCUAAGGAACUUUCUGGCCUCCAGCUCUGCCUCACCUGCAUGGGUCCCUGAUAACAGCUGCCGAGUCUUCCCUUCCUGUCCACCCAGGGGCUGAGUUUGAGUAGAGACAGGGGGAUAUUUAAUUUUAACUUCCCUCUACCUAUCCCUUCUCUAUAACCUUCAUACCAGUUCCCAGGCUGGAGGAUUUGGGUAGGACUCAUGACUCUCCCCAUUCCAAUUCCACUUUCUGAUGAAAGUUAUAGCUAUGGAAUUCGGAGGUUUUUUGAGGGGAGGCAGGCUGGGCAAAAGGUAGAGCUGGAUCUAAUAACCAUCUCCUCUGGGGAAGGAAGGAUUCCAAACUUUCUUCUAUCCCAAUUUCUACCUCCACAGACUGGCCAGAAUUUAGUUUCAGUGAGAUCCGGAGUGGUUGACAUGAUCGAAACCACAUACCAUUAUAUCCCCCCAGUAAAUUAUUUUCUCACCCCUUUCCCCAGCAAACCACACCCUACCCUUUUCACUGCCAGACUCCUUUCCCCUUUGUUCAGUGGAGUUUCAUGUUUCCAUGUCUUCAGUUUCAUUUGAUGAGCUCUGAUGGGGAGCAGGGUUUAGGUCCCUAGGAGAGCCUUGGGUAUAAUCUAUUUUUCUAAUAACCCUUUGCCUUGUGUCAUUUAUCAGCUUUUGUCCUGUGCUUUGAUGGCCCAGGUCAAUUUAUGUUCCUGGAGGAAAGGGAAGUUGGGUUGUGGAAAUAAAAAAAAAAGUUUUAUUUGC